AUGAAUAAUAGAUGGUCAAUUUCUAAUUAAGCUUCUUUGUAACAAUCUCGUUACAAGUAAGAGAAUGAUAAUUCAAAUAUCCCUAAUAACCAACCUGCAUAUCAUGUAAAAAAUGAUGAAUAAGUGAAACAACUCACUAAAAAAGAUAGCCCGAUUCCUUCGUAAAUAUAUUAUGAAUAUUAUUUUAUAAAGUGAAAAUAGAUCACGAAUAAAGAGUUCAUAUGAAGUAGCAAAAUCAGGUUUAUCUCAAAAAUAUGAAAAAAGUAUAAUUCUAUAUUAUCAUCAUAAUUAGCCGAAACUUCUUAUUCACCCAUAAUAAAAUCAACUUAUUAAAGAGAUAUAUCUCCUUAAUUUUAAAAGUCUGAGAAUCAUAAAUUAAUAGAUUCAUAUGAAGUACGAUUUAUGAGGUUAAGUUAAGAGAAUGGAUAAUUAUAAAGUCAAUUAUUUUCUGAUCAAUAAAAAUACAACUAAAUUAUAAUUGACUUUGAGCUUCAAACUAAAUGUUUGGAAUAAAAGCUUUAAACUGAAAUAAUGAAUAUUUAAUAGCAUAAAUUAUUAAUCUAAAAUAAGAAUGAAGAAAUUAAUGCUUAAACUUAAGAAUUAUUAAGAUUGGAACAAAAAUAUUUUGAUUUAGAAUCUAAAGUAUAUAUAUAUUUUUUAAUAUAUAAAAGAUGUUUCAAUAACAAAAAGAUAUGGGAAUAUUGAAAUAAUAAAAUGAUACCAAAACUAUUGAAAUUGAAAAUCUAAGAUAAUAUAUAAAAGAACUUUAAUCUAAGAAUGCAAGAGAUUAAGAAGAGUUAAAGAUUUCAACGGAUAGUUCUAUUCGUAUUAAUUAUGAACUUUAAAUUAAAGAAAUUUAAGCAUAGCAUGGUAAUAAUAUUGCUAGAUUGAAUGAAUUAUUACAAUAAGAAUAAUAGAAAUAUAAUAGAUUAUUAACUCAAUUUGAAUAAUAAAUGAAUGAAUCAAGCUAUUAGAAUAUUAAAUUAAAUGAUUUCAAAAUUGAGAAGGAAAAAUUAUUUGAAGAGAAUGCCCGAUUAUUAAGACUUUUAGAUGAAAUAAAAUUAUAAUAAUAAGGACUCUUAAGAGAAUCUGAUUCUUAAAGAGAUAGAUAAAUGUAGUAAGAAAUAAAUCAUCAAACAACUUUAAAUGAAUUGAAAUCUCAUUAUGAAUAUAUGAAAAAAUCUUAAGUAGAAAGAGAAAUUAAGGAAGUUACUAUUAAAUUUUAAGCAGAAAGAUUGAGUUAUGAAUCCUAAAUUAGAUCUUUAAAUUAAAAAUUGUUGGAAUUUGAGGGAAAGAUUAAUUAAAAGUAUGAAGAGAAUAAAUAGUUAUAAUAAAAAUAAUAAGCUAUAGAAUCAGAAUUAAGAAUUUUUGUAUAAGACCAUGAACAUUAUAAAAGAAUUAAAGAAAAUGAAUUAUAAGAAUUACAAAAUGAAUUUUCUAAAUAAAAAUAAUUUUAAAAUGAUUUAUUAUAGAAAAACUAAAAUUAACAACACGAAAUUUAGAGAUUAAAUUAAAUUAUUAAUGACUUUAAAAUUGAAAUUGACCUUGUUAAAUCUCAAUCAUAAGAAAUUUAAAAAUAGUUCUAAAUAGAAUAUGAAAGUGAUUUAUAAAACUAAACAACUAAAUUGUAAUAUGAAAUUAGAUAAUUAUAAGAUUAAAUAAGUGAUCAUAAAAAUUAAAUUUUAUAAUAGGAUUAUGCUCUCAAAUUAAAAGAUGAAACAAUUCAUUAAUACAAAUUAAAUUUAUCUUAAAAAUAAGGAGAAUUUGAUGGAUUAUUGUUGAAAUUAGAAAACAUAGAAAAACUUAAAGAAUAAGAAAUAAAUUAAUAUUAAAUGGAAAUAGAUAAUUUAUAAAAAGAAUCAAAUUAAUCCUAAAUUAAAUUAAUAAAUGAGAAGAAUCUUUUAGAAUAAUAAAUUAAAUAAUUAAAAUAAAGAAUAAAUGAUUUUGAGACUUAACAAAUACAAUAAGAGUUCAAUAAUGAAUAAGGUAGAUAAGAAUUGGUAUAAAAGUUAUAAUAAAAAGAAUUUCAUAUUUAAUAAUUAUAAAAUGAGAAAAAUAAUAUAAAUUCUUAAUUUACUUUAUAUAAAUCCAAAAUUGAGUAAUUAGAUUAAAUAAUAUCAGAAUUAAGAGAGUAGAAUUAAUAACUUACUUAAGAAAUUGAGGAUUAGAAAUAAUAAAAUGAAAGCGAUAGAGCUCAAUUUGUUAAAAAAGAACUUGGUUUGGAAAAUAAAAUAUAAUAACUUAAAUAAUAAAUAAAUUAAAGAGAACAAGAAUUAUAAUAAUAUUUAAGUGAUUUAGAUACUACAAAUAAUAGAGUUCGACAAUAAGAAUUAAUAACACAAUAAAGUUAAGAUGAAUUUAGGAGAAGGGAACAUUAAUAUGUUUAAGAAAUUACAAAUUUAAAAUAGUUGAUGGAUACAACUUAAUAAAGACAAAGUGAAUAUUAAAGUAUGAGAGAAACUUUAUAAGAAUAAGUAUAAAGUUUAUAAGAGAAAAGUUAAAAUAAAGAAAGACAAAUGGAGGAAUAAAUAUAAAAGUAUGAGGAUUUAAGAGAAUAAUUUAAUCAAUAUGUAGAGGAGACUAAUCUAAAAUUAGAAUAUUAUUAAAGAUUUGAAUAUGAAAGAAAAGAAUCAGAUUUAAAAUAUUAAGCAGAAUAAGUAAUUAUUUAUUAUAUAUAUAUUUUUAGAAUGCAUUCUAAGAUAAAAUUAAAGUUUUAGAAAUUGAAUUAGAAACACUGUAAUUAAGAUAGAAUUAACUACUUAGAGAAAGAAGAGAAUUAGAAGAUUUAUUGGACUCAAAAUCAAAAGAAAUUGAAGCUCUUAAAAAUUAACUAAAUUAAGAUUAUAUUUCUAAUGAAGAAUAUACUGUGUUAUAAAGAAAGUAUAAUUAGCAAACUGAUGAAUUACAUUAAUUAGAAUAGAAAUAAAUUAAAUAUGGUACAGAAAAAAAGUAGUUUGAAAAACAAAUAGAAAAAUUAAAUUAAGACUUAGAACUUAAAGAUUAAGAACUUUAAUAAAUUGAUAAUUUAAUGAAAAAAAGAAGAGGUGAAUAAGAUGAAUUAAAUAGAAAAAUUGAUUAAUUGACAAGGGAUAAUUCAAAAAUUUCUCACGAUUUAGUAGAAGUCUAAGCUUAAUUAAGUACUAAAAAUGAUUAAAUUAAUGCUUUAAAAAGAGGAAAUGAAGAUUUAUAAAUAGAAUUAGCUUCUUUAAAAAAGAAAUAUGAGAAAACAUUAGAAUAAUUAAAUAAAAAGAAUUAAGAAUUAUAAGAAAAAGUUAAUGAUACAGAAAAUAAAAGAUCAUAUUCUUCUGGUGAAACAGCAACUAAAGUUCUAACUGCGACUACUAUAAUAAAGACAUCUCAAGUAUAACUUAAUACUCCAUUAAUUCCAGAAGAAGAGAGUUAAAAAGGAACUGAUAGAUCAGAUUAAUAAUUUAAAGUAUAAAAUUAUUAUAAAUUUAGACCUCUUAAAGAACUGAAGAGUUUUGA